ACGCUCUCGGACCCAAAUGUCCUCCCCAUCGACAACCCCACCAGUCCUCCUAACACCAACCCUCCUUCCCCUCCUCACCCACCUGGACAUCCAAACCCUUGCCCUCCGAACAACCCAAUCCGAACUUUACACUGAAAUAGAGCACCUCUCAGCAGAGCUCCAACUCCUCCAUGCAACGACAACCCCUCCCAUAGAUCCUCAGACGCUCGCUGCAUCACAGAACCGGUUAGCGCUGUUAAAGAAGCGGAUUACAAACAUGCAGGGUGUCCUCAAGGGUAUUAGUGACAGAGUGGGGCGGUGCGAGAAUAUGUUGGCGGGACAGACGCCCAGAUGAUGGUCGUGGCAGAGGACGACGGUGAUACGUAGGAUUUUAUCAGGAAUGGAUUUGCAUACAGGGCAGGCAAUCGUUUCAAAAGAUUUUGGAAACGCCCGAUGGGAAUUGCACCUUUCAUAUUACGUCGUCGUCCCAUAUCAAAGAGCAACAGAUUCUAGCAAAGCGCAAAUGUAUUGACAAAAUUACAGAAAAGCCCAUCCUUUUGGCCAAACCUCGCAGAUGGGGUCGGUAUAUGUACAUGCCCCCCAUUUCCC